UGUUUUCGAAACGUUUGGCACGAUUUCAACGAAGAAGGAGUAUAUGUACAUGUAGGAAUUCGAGAAGGGAACAGGAUCGGCCACGCGACGCAGGUUCGUUUCAGCGAGGAGCAGAAACGCGUCGGAUCGCUGCAGAUUAUCGACAGGUAGGUACUUAGAGGAGCGCUAGAGGGUUGCGAAAGCGGAGUCUGUAGAGAUUCGGGUGGAACCGCGUCGUACGCGUUUAUCAGCGUUCUCGAGAAAUAUUUUACGUGGCGGGUUCGUCGAUGAAACGUUUGCCGAGAGGGUUGACAUAGCCGGGGGGUCGCGUUAUCGAGAGAUUGUAACAAAGGGUGAAGCGUAAUCAGAAGUGGAUCGGUGUGUUGGGUCAGGUGACAGUAGGUCGAGCUUGUAUUAGGUCGGUAGGUCAAACAACGUGGGCGGCCACAAAACGGUUGAAGAAGGAAGGGGUCAGUUGCACGUCACCACAUCGGAUCCGCAAUGCGGCGUUGUCGCGGAGAUUGUUACCGUUUCGUUUUCUAUUCGCACACCCUUGCGCUCCAUAGUUAACCACGCGUUUUUUUACCCACUCGUUGCAACAUACACGCUUUACGCGGGCGUCUAUUCCGUUUCUGUUCGCGUAUACGCAUGCGUUUAAGAUAGGUAGAUAGAUAUAUCGGGCACGAAUCUCCAUGCAGGAGGGGUGCUCUUGCGAGUAUCGUGCGCGAUACUAAAACGCUAUAUUUAUCCGGACCGAAACGCCUGCUCCCUUACGAUAGUCGGAAGAUUUAAUCGCGACGAAUCGAUUCGUUUCCGACGAAGGGAGAAGAAAGAGUACGGGUAGGGAAAGGAUAGAAAAAUGAUAGGAAAGAAGGCACGGCCCAUUGUGGGUCACGGCGGGCCCUCGUGGGCCGUGUAACAAAAGACAGUCGAGAGAGAUGUAAAUAAUUCUAAGGGAGGCUCGAUGCGACAAAUGCGGCGAAUGCGCUGAAUGCGUUGAAUGCGACGUGGGUAACGUCAUGCGCUCUGAAAACAACCGCAACCCUGUGUGUCGCGAGGAACGGAGAGAGGAGGACGGAGGGUAGGAAGACAGGGGUGGUAGGGUGAAGACGAAGGGUGCGCAGCCGCGGGCGUGCGCAAACAGUUCGGCCGAAACCGAAACCGAAACCGGAGGAUUCGCGAAAGAGAAGAGAAACGCGAAAGCACGCACGCUCCUGACCUAUUGCCGAAAAGGAGGGAGUCGCGGUGUAUCGAAGUUGUGCAGUGUUGCUUACCACGUAGGAGGCAUAACACUCGCCGUCUCUGCAAUAAGAUCCUAAUAUUUUUACCAAAUUUUCGUUUCGCGUUCCGGUGAUUUACAUCCUUUAUUUUCCACCAUCGAUAAUUCGUUGAUUCGACGAAGCCCGUCCGAUAUCGGUGGAAACGUAACGGUGAAUCGUAGAUCGACGAUGCGAAAGGAAGGUGUUUCGUUAGCAAGAGGCGACAACUAUUCAAAGUCGGAACAAAAAUUGUUAAGAUAGUCCGCGUCGAAUGCUUUUAUACGAUCGAGCACGUCGGUUGAUGCUGGAACUGGCGCGGUAUCCGGGCUUGCAGUUGCGACUGAAAAUCAGAUCGAGGAAGUCGAAGCCAAGAUCGAGAGCUAAACCGAAAUCGAAAAAGUUGGGAUCAAAGUUGGAAACGGAAACGGAAGUGGAAAUCAACGCGUUACCAUCGACGCCAAACGCUGCGAUCCGAAUCGAUGAAAUUAAUCGAAUUGAUGGAAUCGAUGGAAACGAUGGAAACGAUCGGAAUGAUAGAAAUCAUGGAAGUUACGAAAGCAACGUCGUUGUUAAUCUAGCUGUUGAAUUUCCUUGUAAGCUAGUAAAUCGCCGUGAAUGGUGCUUCUCAUAAACUCAGUCGGUCGGUUAGUGGUUGAUUAGUGGUGAAAAUCGAGUCGGUGAUCGUCUAUCCGUCUCCCUCGAGUAGCAAUCGUAUAGUACAUAUCGAAAUUCAUAUCGACCACCCCGUUCCUCUCUAUCUAUCGUAACGAGUGGCAUGUACUUUCUCGAAAGAUUAUUACCUCUUACGGUUUUUCAUUAGCACCUCGAUCGCAACCUCGAUUAUGUUACAAGAUCUAGCCGAAUAACCGUACAAGAACCACCAUGUUUACGUUCUUUACUGUGGUGCCUAAAUAACAUAAUAAGAGCAAAGAGAAACUAGUGCCUAUAAUAUAAAACGUACGCGCAAUAAAUAUAGGAAAAUUUGAAAAAGUAUCGGCUAACCGAAACGAAUCGUUUCAGGUGCAUUUAACGAUCGACCGAUGCUCCUCGAGUGACCCCGACGUUCUCUUCUCUCUAUAUCUUUGUCUCUCCUACUUUCUGUGUUUCCUUUCGAUCGUAGUAAAAUCUACGAAACGUGUGAAUGCGAGCAGUUCGUUGACGAAUUAUGAGAGGCGAUUGUGAGAAGCGACGAUCGAGAAAGUUCCCCAUUUUCUUCGAGUACGAAUCAGAAUCGUCGUCUCGUAUUUGAUAGAUCGAUCGGAUCUUUCCUGUGCGCUGCGCUCGCGUCUCUCCACGAUUCUUCUGCCUUCUCAAAGACGUUUCAAAUCAUCAUCGCUCGACGAUGUCUCGUUUAAUGUUGUGCAAUCUUGGUACCACGUCCACGGCAGGAAACGAUACGAAUAACAAUGCGAAUACGAACAGUAGUAUGGAGGAUGACGACUAUUAUCCGCUGCCCACUAUUUAUCGCUGCCGUGCACCCAUAGCGAGUCUGGAUUGCAUGGAAGAGUUCAACGGUGGUAGCGGUGGCGGCGUCGGUGGCGGCGUCGGUGGCGUCGGUGGCGGUGGUGGCGUCGGCGGUGGCGUCGUCGGUGGCGGCGGUGUCGACGGCGGUGUACACUGCAGCAAUACCGCUGGAACGAAGGAACAGCUACUGACUAACUGCAUUGCCGCACAAGCGCAACGCUUACAGCAUCCUUCGCCAGGUAUUCGCUACCGCAACUUGGGCAAAAGCGGUCUACGUGUUUCCAAUGUUGGAUUAGGUACGUGGACGACUUUUGGCAUAGGAGGAUGCGGUAACGAAGAAGCUGCCGAAGCUGUGGUCGCGCUUGCCUACGAUAGUGGGAUAAAUGUGUUCGACUUGAGCGAGGCCCACAGCGGUCACAGAGCAGAGAUUCAAUUCGGACGAAUUUUGUUGCGACGAGCUUGGAAUCGCUCCAGUUACGUCGUUACCACCAAGAUAUACUGGAAUACCAAGGCGGAGGGUCGUGGAUUGUCACGAAAACACAUUAUCGAAUCGGUCCAAGCAUCUUUGGUCAGAUUACAAUUAUCCUACAUCGACAUCGUAAUGAUUCAUAAAGUCGAUCCUAUGUGUCCGAUGGAAGAGAUAGUACGCGCUAUGAAUUAUGUGAUAAGCAAGGGAUGGGUUAUGUACUGGGGAACGUCUCGUUGGACACCGGUGGAGAUCAUGGAAGCUUACACGAAUUGUCGUCAAUUCAAUUGCGUCACACCGAUCGUGGAACAAGCCGAGUAUCAUCUGUUUUAUAGAGAAAAGCCAGAACUUUAUAUGCCGGAAUUGUACAACAAGAUUGGGGUUGGACUGAUGGCGUGGUCCACGGUCACCAUUGGAAUGGUUUCCGCGAAACCAGAAGACUAUGGAGUUUCUUUUUUAUCGAGAUCUUCUUAUAAGAAUAAGUAUUCGUCGUUCAGUUGGACAGAGGACGAAACGCAAUCUUUGUACAAAGAGCAGGAAUACGGCUGGAAAGAGAAGUCUGGCGACGAGGAGACACGGAAAUAUUCCGACAAAUUACGGGACGUGUGUGCACUGGCCGAACGACUCGGUUGCUCGUUCGGCCAGUUGGCCAUCGCGUGGUCCUUAAAGAAUGAAAGUGUUCAGUGCCUUCUUCUCGGUGCAUCAAACAUAGACCAACUGUACGAGAGUCUUCAGAGUUUACAGCUUAUUCCAAAAUUGAAUGCCAACAUAAUGAGCGAAAUCGAAAGGAUUCUGGACAACAAACCAGCCCGACCUCCGAUGAUCUCAACCCUGGCGCUUAGAUGACAAUCAAUUUGCCCCCACGGAAGUGGUGGGGGCUCUCUGGAGGAUGGAGCCAGCCCGAAAAGCGAGGCUGCGAACAGUCAGGAUCAAGAACAGACCAAGGAGCUGACUGGGAAACUACCAUUUUGCGAGAUACAAUGAAACUGCAUUCACACGUUUCCAUACGUCUAUGCAUAUUUUCAUGUUGCUUUGAAUCGAACUGGAUGAAAAAAACAACAGCCGAUCCGUUCGAUAUACUUAAAUACUUGUAUAAAGCAAAUCGAUCCGAGCCAAGUCGGGUCAAGCCCGAAAGAAACUUUCGAAAAUCCACGCGAUCGACUUGCGCGUCGCCCCAUGCCGCGAAUACACCACUUAUAUUCGCAUUAAUCAAUCGACAAUACUUACGGUUACGUUAACGGUUACAAUUGCGAUUACGACUCGCGACGAUUUUCACUUACGACUUACGACUCCGUGACUUUCGACUUACAUAACACUUUCGACUUACGACUUACGAUUUAUAAUUACCAUUACCGAUCACGAUAAAUACUUAUUAAUAACGGUUAUUAGUAGAUUAAUUCCGCAUACGAUUAUCAGUUUCUAAUACAGUCGUGAAAUUUGUUUCACCGAUCUCGGUGAUACGAACGGAGAAGAGAUUUGAAAACGAUUCGGUAAUUGCCACGUUAAUUAUUAUUAUCGUUGCAAAAUGAUACGACGAAUCGAGAUUUUCUAUGAAUCGAAAAUAUUUAUCCACGAAUUCACUGUACAAAGUGUUCAUUGAAGACGGUAGAUAGAAGAUAUCGUAGCAUCUUUAUUACAAUUCUGUAAAGCGCGAGUACUAUUGCAAAUAAUUUUUUCAGCUUUGAAUAAUUCAUUCGCACCGUUUUAUUGUCCGUUCGAUCGAUGAACGGCACACAAUUGCACAUUAACACUUGCAUACAUAUCGCGUGAAUGAAGUACAUUGCUUAAGACGGGCAUAAUCGAAUAAUUCGAAUCGAUGAGAGAAACCGUUCAACAUCGAGGAUCGUUACGGGAGUGUAAUUUUGCCGCGCAAACACUUACAUGCACCCGUACUUGUUAACAAAUUGAAUACGAGUAUCGCGCGAUUGCUCGUUUCCCGUUGUACAGAGAGCAUUUGUUCGGCCCUUUUCUCGUUAACGCAAAGGACUAAGAUGGAUAGCUAACCGAUUAGCUGACUGGUUGAUUCGACGUGGUGAAAUAGCUGGUUAGCUAACUGGACAGCUAUGUUAGAUAGGUAAAAAGUACGUAGGCGGAUAGACGCGUAAAUAGGUAGAUGUACGUAGUUGCGGUAAAUAGUUAGACGAUUAUGUAAAUAUAUAUAUAUAUAGAUGAAAAGUACCGAGAGCACGAACGAUAGGAUCACGCGGAACAAAGGAUAAAGUAUCAAGAUUUCACUUUCCACGCAUUUCGUACGAAUCGGAUGGAUCCGUAACUCGAGCGAAUCGCGCGAAAAGCUGUCUCGACUCUCGCAGUCGACUCUUUGAAUCCAAACCGUCCGUACAAAAAAAAUGGGCGGCGUGUAACGCCGCGUGAAAUCGAUCGAUGAAAACCGCAUCGUUGCUGAAAAAAUUCGAUUUUUCGAUAGCAGCAAAUAAGCGAAGACAGGAUGGUCGGAGAGAGAUGCGAAAGAAGAGAAAGAGGGAAGAUACUUUCGAUCGAGAAGAAAGUUACAGACAGCCAUCGCAUAUUAAUUAACAAUAAGUAAGACGAGGAGUGAUCAUUGAUUCUUCAACGAUCCUGAUUACAAUACUAAUUGUUGCCAUCCCCUGAACGUUUGGCAUUUUUUAAAAUCCCAGGCACGCGUUUCGAUGCUCGUCAAAUCGAUUUCAAUAGCCAAUCGAUCAACUAUCAUCAACAGCAAAUGCCGUCACUCGUCACCAAGUGCCGAUCGCGUUACCAACGUCGAUUAUGCUAAUUGCUCGAAAAUUUUAUUCUGACGUUAAUAAUCGAUGGUAUUUUUAUCGAAGUAACAUUAAUUCGAUAAGUACCGUAUUUACCGUGACACUCGAACGAGCGAACGGCUAGCAAAGCUAUAGGAUCGAACCGAUUACAAGAUAUGUACAUAUAUUCAACUGCCACACGGUCAAGCGUUUCGUCCUUUCGUCCUUUCUGUUUCAGACCAGCUGGUGCGAAGUUAUCCUUAACGGUAUACGAAAUGUCUCGACUCGUGUUUUAUUUCACGCGCAAACACUUCAUGAAAGAUGAUAAUGAUAACUGUAAGUGCUUUCAAGAGAACAGCGAAAUCUCAGCUUUGUAAAAACGAUCGAGUCGAUGGAGGAGCAGUUCGGAGAAUCGAGAAAAUCGAAAAGUCUCGCGAUACUGCGAAAGAAUUUUAAUCGUUCGGUAAAUAAAAUCGAGCUCGUGUAUUACGUAGAGCCAAAUGGAAAAGAGUUGAAGGAGAAAUGCUGUCCGGGAGGCGACGUUAUCUCGUCAGGAUCGAAGAUAGAGAGAGUAAUCGAACGAGUCGAGAAUGAUUUGUGAUUUUAUUUUUAAAAAAGGAGUCGAAUCUAAAAAUCUUGAACGUCGAGAUAGGACCUUUUUUUUUCAUUUUUUUCAUUUCCGGCCACUGUAAAUUUCGUCAAGCCAAUUAUCGGCUAUCUUAUCCAACGAUUGAACUUGUACGCAUUAGCCAUCGUCGCUUACACGACCACCAAUCGCGUUAUCGUACAAGCACGUUUACGUGAAAAUAUCUAAAAGAAUGGUGUUAAUCGCGAUACGAUCGAUCGAGCCGGCCUCAGUCGAGUUUCGAUCUGACCUUCGCGUCCAAUUGACUUAAUCGGCCAUUGUGUCGCAAACGAUAAGCGAUUAGCUUAAGCACCGCGCAAACGAGAACAUAAUUCAAGUAAAUUUCAAACUCUAAUAUACCACAUCUUAUGAAUUUCAUCCAUUGUAAAUCGUGAUACGCGAACGAACGUAUAUACAAUUAACAACUUUACAAUUUACAAUUUGCAAUUUACCUACCAUUUACAAUUUACAGCGGUCAGGUAUACGGGCAAACGCGAUCACUCGUCAACGACACGUAAUUACACGUACCUACCUCGCUUCCGUUACACGAUACCAGCUAAUCAGAUUGGACAGAAAUAAAAGUAUUUAAUACAAGUAGCCUGUUUUAUACGUGGGCGCGUGUUUAUUCAACCUUUAUCCUGAAACGCUGUGAAAAAAUCGCUGUAAUCCAACGGGCCGAUAUAGAAUUUAUUGAUCUUGUUGUUGCUGCUGUUCUUAUCGUUAAUCCGGUGCUCGAUCGCGUUGCCCACGUUUCUUCGAUCCGCUUCCCAUCGGCUACUUUCUUUUCUCUGACUUUCGAAAGAAAAUCAAACAGGUUGAUGUUCAGAGAAACGCGACGCGGAAAAGAGAUGCUAUUAAUUAGAGUAACAACAUUUUUAAAGUCUUUCGAAAACUUGUACCAACUCUGUAAGCAAUAUAUUAAAUACUUAUUAGGGGGACUAUUUUGAGGGUAUUCAAUAAAAAAAGAAAAGAA